AUGCCAUCCUUUUCCAACGACGUCUCCUACCAGACCGCCACUGCCACGGCCACCCACCCUCGCUCCUUCGAAUCCUCCCGCAAGUCGCACGACAAAGCCCCUGUGGGGAACACCUUCUUGUGGACCAACUGGCCCAACGGCAACGGCGACGCCGACCAGAAUGACCGGCAUCUGGUGAACGACCUGAAGAACGGAAGUGCCUACUCCUUGAAUGGCCCCCGCUCCAGUGUCGGCUCCUACACGCGCGAAAUCCAACACCCCAAAGACGGCAGUAUGCACUCCAUAGGCAAUGGAUCCGCCAGGGAUCUCCGCGAAAACGGGCGCCCAUCCGCAACGCUGGAUCGGAAACUCUCCGAAACAGGGCCUGGUGUCGUUCCGACAUCCUCUGUGUCAAACCAACCCAAUGGCACCGCGAACGGUCGCCCGAUCCCCGGGAAACUGACAGCUAACGGCGAUGCCCACCGACCCUCCGCCGAUGAAUCGGUCUCCCCAUCAACUUCGCUAUUGCAAAUCCCCCAGUCCGACGAGAAUGGUCGACAUACCCCUAACUCCGAUCGUUUGACCCCGGACGCGAAACCCGGACCCCACCGCCACUCCUCUCCUCCCGUGCCAUCAAUGCUCGAUACUGCCCCUGGCCCCGAAUCACAGAAUUCUAGUAUGCGACAUCGCCACUCCUUGCAGGUCCCCAGGACGCCGAGUGUCCGCCGAGAUAGUCGAGAGUACCCCGACGAUGCGGCCUACAGCACCGGCCGCAUGUCACCCACAACAGGCUUCCGGCGAACCUCAAUCGGCCUGAUCCGACGGGCAACGAAGACCAGCACACAACAAGAUAUCACACCAGACGAGGCGCCGCCAGACGAAGAUGCGGCCCGGUGGGCCGAAGCCAUUAAGCAAAAGCGAGCCGUGCGACGCAGGCGUGAAGAGGAGGAUGAUGAUCGGGUCAUUGUGGGCACCAAGGUGGAUCAGAACCAUGUCAACUACGUGACAGCAUACAACAUGUUGACUGGUAUCCGCUUCACGGUCUCGAGGAUCAAUGCGAAGAUGGAUCGGGAACUUACUCCGGCGGACUUUGAUGCUAAGCACAAAUUCUCCUUUGACAUCACUGGAAACGAAUUGAUCCCUUCCGCUAAAUACGACUUCAAAUUCAAGGACUAUGCUCCCUGGGUAUUCCGACAUCUGCGCGCCAAGUUCCGCCUUGACCCUGCCGAUUACUUGAUGUCCCUCACGAGCAAGUACAUAUUGUCCGAGCUGGGAUCCCCUGGUAAGAGUGGAAGUUUCUUCUACUUCUCACGGGACUACAAGUACAUUAUCAAGACCAUCCAUCAUUCUGAGCACAAGCUCCUCCGGAAGAUACUCCCGGAAUACUACCGACAUGUGGAGAAUAACCCCAAUACCUUGAUCUCGCAAUUCUACGGAUUACACCGAGUCAAGAUGGCAUACGGCCGCAAAAUCCACUUCGUUGUGAUGAACAAUUUGUUCCCGCCACACCGAGACAUCCAUCAGACAUUCGAUCUGAAAGGAUCGACUAUUGGCCGUGACCUGCAGGAGUCAGACCUUGAGAGAAAUCCUCGCGCGACCAUGAAAGACCUUAAUUGGGUCCGGAGGAACCGUCAUCUGGAAUGUGGUCCUACAAAACGAGAUUUCUUCAUCGAGCAGUUAAAGCGCGAUGUGGUGUUACUCCAGAAACUUAAGAUCAUGGAUUACUCACUUCUGGUGGGAAUACACGACGGUGGUAGGGGCAACGAAGAGAAGCUCCGUGAUAAGACUCUGCAAGUCUUUUCCCCGGGAGGUGAUCGUGAGGACGAAAACAGCCCCAACGGCCUGAUGCGCACUCCUUCCAAAUUGGAGAACGAACGCAAGGCCAGAGAGCUGCGCAUGCUAAUCAAGCGCGAGCGACCAGUUCCCUUGGACAAGGCGGCCGCAAAGAUGCCAGAUGAGAUCUUGGAUGAACGGAAAUAUCAUGUCUUCUACGCCGACGAUGGUGGUUUCCGCGCAACACAUGAAAAUGGACAACCCGGAGAUGAAAUCUAUUACCUGGGAAUCAUCGAUUGUUUGACCCAUUACGGAACUACCAAAAGGCUUGAACACUUCUUCAAGGGGCUGUCAAGCGAUCGGACACAGAUCUCGCCCAUUCCACCUGAAGGCUACGGCGAACGGUUCAUCAAUUUCAUUAAGGGUAUCACAAUGUCCAAGGAAGAAGCCGAGAAGCAACGAGAGUCAAGAGUCUCCGCUUCCGGUGCCCCUCAACAGUCUACCGAGAAACGUCGUUCAAGAUCCUCUUCCGUCGAGCGUACCAUGCAGGCGGCAGAAAAGGAGGCCUCCAAGGACGUUUCCAUCACCCACCCCCGGACAUUAGCCACCGUUUGGGACCCAGCCGACGCCGGCGGCCCUGGCCCAACGUCGACUCUACCCAUCGUGGAUGAAGCCGGCGAAGCUAGCAGCGUUGGAGGCCACAGUUCGCACAGCCGAAACGGCCAUCCAGCAGCCGACAAGGAGCUCCCUCCUGUUCCCGGCAAUGCCCCUCCACCUCCACCCAACAAGGGCAAGGGAGUGGAUCGCCAUGACUACUUGAACCCCAGCUCACCUCGUCGUUAA